ACACGGAAACAAGACUUGUUUGCUUUCACGUCUUUUUCGCUUGGCCUACUCCGUGUCUUCUGGAGGCGCUUUUUUUUCAAUACUACCGCAUCGUAAGUUCUAAAACAUGACAUACGACUGCAUAGACAAAGUAAUAAGUCGUGUGUUUGCCGCGUACGGAGGGUUCCUGGCACGACACCCCGUCCCCUUCCUGGUUCUGCCCCUUCUGUUGGCAGGUGGGCUGGGAGCGGGCAUGUAUUUCAUGGCGUCUGAUUCGUCUGUGGAGGGACUGUACACACCUGAUAAUGGCCGCGGGAAGACAGAGCGCGCUGUGGUCCAACAGCACUUCCCUCUCAAUGACUCUGAAGCUUUUCAGGCCUCCAGAAUCAUAACGAACGGUAGAUCGGCUAGCGUCAUUGUGACUAGUAAAGGAAACGGCGACGUUCUGAGUACGUCCGUUCUGCAAGAGGCGCUGUCGCUCUACAACAAUAUAUCCGGACUAGAAGUAAGGAUAUCAGCGACAGACUACACAUUUGCGGACUUGUGUGCCAAAUGGCAGUCCCAGUGUGUAGUCGGCGGGUACCACCUCCUCAACUUUACACUGGAGAAAGAUGAAAACACGACCAUUGGUUACCCCUGGACAAAUCUACCUGACGGGACCCGGCUCUUCAGUGGAGCCGCCCUGGGAGGGGUAACUCUCGAGCCAGGGACGGAAGAAAUAGUCAGCACCGCCGUCGCCUUCAAACUGACCUUCUACCUGCGCAGCGGAAAGCCCGGAGAUGACAAACUGAGCGAAGAAUGGGAAAAGGUGUUUCUGUCCUACAUGGACAAUUUUGAAUCGGACAUUAUCGACGUUUCCCGAACCUCGUCCCAGUCUCUAGAGGAGGAACUGUCUGCCCUGACACCCCGCAUCAUCCCGCGGUUCGCCAUCACCUUCACGGUCCUCAUCACCUUCUCCGUCGUCUCCUGCAUGAUGCUGGACAUGGUCCGCUCCAAGCCGUGGCUGGGCAUGCUCGGUGCCGUGUCCGCAGGCAUGGCGGUGGUGUCCUCCAUGGGGCUGUGUCUGUACUGCGGGGUCACAUUCACCAGCGUGGUCGCCUCCAUGCCGUUUCUCAUCAUAGGUAUUGGAGUGGACGACAUGUUCAUCAUGCUGGCAGCCUGGAGGAAGACCCAUCCCGGAGGCAGCGUGGAGGAGAGGAUGCGGGAGACGUACGCGGAGGCUGCGGUCUCCAUCACCAUAACAACCAUCACGGACGGACUGGCCUUCGGGAUCGGCGCCAUUACGGUGUUCCCGGCCAUCCGCAUCUUCUGCAUCUACACCGGGGUAGCUGUGCUUUUUGAUUACUUCUUUCAAAUAACGUUCUUCGGUGCCUGCAUGGUAUUUGUAGGUCGCCGGGAGAAAGGCAAUCGCCAUGCAGUUACCUGCAUGCGGGUGGCCAUUCCCGAGGAGGCCAGGGAUAGGUCGGGUUGCUAUCGCCUGUUCUGCACAGGAAACGCCAUGGCGGGAGUUAACGAUAAGGGGGAAUUCUCGGGGAGUGACCAUGCUAUCAUGACCUUCUUCAAAGAUUAUUUUGGGCCUUUCAUUACCAAAACAUGGGUGAAGGUUGUAGUGAUGGUAGUGUUUGCUGGGUACCUGGGUUGUGCCAUGUGGGGAUGUCUGCAACUGAGGGAAGGCAUUCGCCUCAGUAACCUUGCUGCCGAUGACUCCUAUGUAGUGAGUUACAACAACAAAGAUGAUCAGUAUUUCACGUCCUAUGGUGCCAAAAUUUCUGUCAGCUUCACCGAUGAGCUAGAAUAUUGGAACACAACCGUCCAAGAUCAAAUUGAAAAUACACUCAGUCGGUUUGAGGAAACAGAGUUUAGCUCGGGGAAAAAUGAGUCAGAAUUGUGGUUGCGUGAUUACCUAGAUUUUGUCGAUCAGUUCUCAGGCUUCAUUCCUGGUCUGGACGCCUCUAGCAAAGAGCCAUUCAUCACAAAUCUCAGAGAUCGUUUUCUCACAAACGAUCGUGCCAAACGGUACGAACUUGACAUCGAGUUCAACCACAACCAGACCGAAAUUCGGUCCUCUCGUUUCCUAAUCCAGACGAAAGAAAUUACUGACUCUGUCCGUGAGAAGGAUAUGGUGAUCAAAAUGAGAGAACUCGCUGACCAGAGCCCUUUUAAUAUCACGGUUUACCACCCUAGCUUUAUUUUCUAUGAUCAGUACAUCGCCAUCCUUCCGAACACCCUGCAGAACCUGGGUAUCGCCACAGCCACCAUGUUCGUGGUAGCCCUUGUCCUUGUGCCCCACCCCGUCUGCUCCAUCUGGGUGACCCUGUCCAUCGCGUCCAUCUGCACGGGGGUGGUGGGGUACAUGACCUUCUGGGACGUUAACCUAGACGCCAUUUCCAUGAUCAACAUCAUCAUGUGUAUCGGCUUUUCUGUCGACUUUUCGGCCCACAUCACAUACGCAUUCGUGUCCUGUAAAGAGGACAGUAGCAAUGCUAGAGCAGUGUUUGCCCUGUACACGUUAGGUAUGCCCAUCCUGCAGGGUUCCCUCUCCACCAUACUAGGUGUAGCAGCCUUGUCCACCGCCCCGUCUUACAUCUUUCGCACCUUUUUCAAAACGAUGUUCUUGGUGAUUCUGUUGGGGGCGCUGCAUGGGCUAGUUGUUCUCCCCGUAGUGCUGACCUUCCUGGGGCCAGGUACAUGUACUUGUAGAAACAAUCGGGUUUGUGGGGAAUCAGAGAGUAGCCAAUGCGUUAGUCAGCAAAACAAUGACCUGGUUGACGACACCAUGAGAGCUUGGCUAGAGAGUCUGAAAACCCCCGUGGCUAGCAAUACUAAAUCGAGGCGCCCUUCAAGUGAUCAGCAAAUAUACAACAGUAACUUACCCACAUCGUCUCAGCAAGAGUACACCAACCCUUCCUUUCAACCUGAUGACAAGUAAAGCUUUUUUAUGUCGAAAUUGUGAGUAGAUCUACGUAAUUAGACAUUGGCGGUUGGGAGACUAACGCAACAAAUGGUGAGAGGCUGAGAGCAAAUUUACAUUAUAUAGUAAUCCAACUGUACCGUAUUGUGGUACCACCGUGUUGUUUUCCGAUAGUUUUUUUUUUCAAGUAGGAUCAAUAUGUAAUGUUACUGGGAAAAGAAUAAUGUAGCAUGGUCUUUUUGUCAAUCAUUUUAUGAUAUGAGUUAGGAUGUGCUUUGGAAAUAGACAGUACAUAUUUGGGUGUACGUGUAUAUUGUUCACAGAAAACACAGCAUCUCACGUUCCAUUUUGGUGUAAUCUAACGCUAGACCGUGGACACUUUGUGCGCGUUCGAACAGCUGCGGACAAUUGUGUUUACUGCAUGAUUUUAUGAAUGUGAACAUGUCCAUGAGUCGAGUUAUGUUGAGGGCAAGUGGGAUGGAAAACAUGGCAAAUGAGUCCCCGCAAACACUAUCAACUCGGUAAUUAGCGGUACGUGCAUAUACCUAAUCUGGCAGGCCUCAUCGCGAAAUUUGUAAGCUUCAAACUGUAUGUGUGAGCGGGUAUUGUCAUAAUAUGUAACGUUAUCAUUCUGUGCCAAAUUGUACAUUUUAUGUUUCCAAUGUGUGCCAUGAAAUAUGUAAAUGUAAAAAAUUUCUUACUCUGUAAGUUUCAGUAUUUAUGAAUAUGUUUAUGGUAAAAGAGGUGUUGUUUAUAUUCAAUGUUGUCAUUUUAAGUUCAGUUCAGUUUCCUAAGCUACAUUUCAAGUCAGGGGCUGAACAAGCAAGAUGUGUACCAAAAAAAACCUUCAGUGGCUUUUGACGCUUUUUUUAUAAAGAAUAGUGAUACUCCUUCAGUAACGGUUAGCUAGUCUGCCAGAAAAUAUGAUUUCAAAGUUACUUGAUGACUUAAUGUGCAUCAACCAGUCACUUCUACACAAGUAAAAUAUACAAUUGUAUAAUUAUAUAGGUUAGGCGAUUUGCAAGAUUGUUUGUUUGUGCUGUACAUAGGGCUAGACAAUGGCCAAAGAAGUUACUUUAAGGAUGUGCAUAAUGUAAGUGUUGAAAAUCGUGAAAUCAUAAGUCAGAGGCUGGGGUGACUU